CUUUGCUGGGCCUACUACCCCUCUUCAUUGCGACUUCGAACCUACGUUGUUAAGAUGGGAAGUUGGCAGGCUGGUAACUACAGUAAGUCUCUAGAAUUUUUCUUCAUGUUGAACUUUAUUAAUUGAGAAACUGGGUCAUUAUCCAGUUUUAUGUGACACUAUAAAUAUAAUUGGUGAGUUUGACGUCAAUCCUGCCCCGCAGGACGUUUCAUGCAUAUGCGUAGGGCCGAUCGUUUCGACCCAGACGGAAGUCAGGAACAAGUGUUAUUUCGUUUCGCCGAAAGUUAUUAUCUAUCUUGCGCCUCGCUGUGAUUUCUCCGAGGAUCGAGGACCUUUAUCAAUCUUCAAAACAACAACUCUUUGCUCCACGUCACCCGCUCAUCUGGACACACUUCUGCCACCACCAUGUCUCAAACCCAAUAUCCCCGCCCUGAUUUCACUCGUCCCAAUCUCAACUGGAAGCUCCUGAACGGGAAGUCCUGGUCGCUGCUCUUUGACGACCAGGACAUCGGUCUGAGCGAGGGCUGGCACAUCAACGGACCUCCGGACAGGGUCACGCUCAGCGGCAAGGGGAGCAGCGACAACACAGCCGAGGACGCGCACCGGCUAGAGGCCUUCCCGGAGCUCAAGGAGAAGUACUGGAAAGAGUCGGCCGAGGCGACGGAGAACGUCAAGAAGCCCAUCAACGUCCCGUUCGCCUUCCAGUGCCCGGCCUCGGGGUGGGGCGAUAAUGCCGCCCACGAGGUGCUCUGGUACGAGACGCUGCUCCCGGACCUGAGGAGCCAGGCGGAGACCAACGCCGGCCACAGGGUGCUGGUUCGCUUCGGCGCGGUCGACUAUGAGGCCCAAGUCUGGGUCGGUGGGCAGUAUGUAGGGGGGCACCGAGGCGGGCAUGUGCCGUUCGAUGUCGACGUCACCGAUGCGUUGGAGGGCAAGGAAACCAAAUUAGUCUUGCGCGUGAGAGACAGCCCCAGUGAUCUUGAACAGCCAAGGGGUAAGCAGUACUGGGCCCCCACGCCGGAGAGUAUUUUCUAUACCCCAACAUCUGGCAUCUGGCAGAACGUCUGGGUUGAGGUUGUGCCAAGAGCCAGAAUUGGCGGUAGCAGUGAUGGCACAGUCUUGACAGCUAAUGACACCGAGAAUGGUGUGCUGAAGGCGAAUGUCGCGGUUCUGGGGCGCAGAGCAGGUGGAAAAUACGGUAUCGAGAUCGAGGGAAGUAUCGGUGGUGUCAGUAUCGGCACAUCCAAAGUGGAUCUUGCGAAGGACAAAGACUAUGCAAAACUUGAACUCAGUCUCAAGCUGUCUGCCGAGAAACUGAAGGGCUUACCAUCCACAGACAAUGUUCAGGCAUGGAGAGAUGGUUUGGCACUUUGGUCACCGGACUACCCGCUACUCUAUGACCUCAAAAUUCGGCUUUAUGACUCUGCUGGAAAGGUCUUGGAUGAGAUCGAAACAUACACAGGAGUGCGAAACAUCGACUGGAAGAGAGGAGAUGGCACCUUCAGACUAAAUGGCGAGCCUCUCUUCCAGAUCCUAAAUCUCGAUCAGGGGUACUGGCCCGAGACCGGGCUAACUCCCCCUUCAUCUGAAAGUCUCAAGUUGGAUGUCGAGCUUGCGAAGAAGAUGGGUUUCAACGGCUGCCGGAAGCAUCAGAAAGUUGAAGACCCCAUCUUCCUUUACUGGGCAGACAAACUGGGCUACCUGGUCUGGGGCGAGAUCGCGAACGCGUACGAGUUCAGCGCAGAGUACGUCAAACGUUUCGAUCAGGAGUGGACGGAGGCCGUCAAAAGAGAUAUAAACCACCCCAGCUUGAUCGUCUGGACUCCCGUAAACGAGAGCUGGGCAUACCCCAACCUGCGGGAUGACGUGGACCAGAGAAACCACAUCAAAUCGCUAUACUGGCUCACAAAGUCGUUGGAUCCCACAAGGCCGAUCAAUGACAACUGUGGUUGGGAGCACGUGCAGACUGACCUGUCCACCUAUCACGACUAUAACGAUGCGCCAGAGUUGUCAAAGCGUUGCGCCACGGCCGACACGAGAUUCAAGGAGGAGCUUCACGGCGGCAGACACAUGUUCGUCCAGCGCAUUGAUGGUGACGCAGGAACGGACCAUCAGAAAGGAGCACCCAUCAUCUGCAGUGAAUUUGGCGGAGUCAAUAUUGCUCCGGCUUCUGAGUCGGAAAAGGGCGAGCGUGACUGGGGUUACACCACCGCAAGUGAUCCUGCCGACUUAUUAAAGAGGAUCGACGCCUUGUGCACGGCUGUCGUCCAGGGAGGAUUCACUUCCGGGUUUGUCUGGACUCAACUGACCGAAAUUGAGCAGGAGGUCAAUGGACUUUACUCGUUUGAUCGGAGAGAGAAGAUCGACCCAGCAGAAGUUAAAAAGUUAUUCGACAAGGCAGCCAAGGUGUAUCUCGAUGCAGUGGCUAAACGGUAAACCGCACCAGACAAUUACUUACAGUAACGGACUCACUUUGAGCAAGAGAUGGAAUUGUUCAUCUAUUAGUUGUGCGUUUGGGCAAAAGAGCUGGCACGCUGUCAAAGGUACAUACGCACUGUCACGAUACGGAACUAGAGUAGCAGGCCACUAUGGUCCGGUUAGCCAUCUUGAGUUAUCAAAGAGAUUUACAAGCAUACCAUAGGAUUGCCUGGUUGGCUCUAAUGGUGUCUACAAUAGCAAUACUUGCGGCGACUGCGUCAGUCUUGAUAUCGAGUGUCGCACUGUCAUCGAUUGCAUACGAACAGUGACUUACUUUGCUCAUCAAAUUAUAUCCCGGCUCGAAGUACAAUCACUGCACAUCCGACACACUAUCGCUUUCCAUGUUACAGAU